UCAUCGCUGGAGGACCGUUUACCGUCGCCCGUCGCUGUGACUAAUACCUGCUCGUUGCUGGUUUGUUGACGACGGGUUUAACAGUUCUAGUCCCAGAAGGCUUUGAGUAUUUUCGAAAAACAAAAUGCAUACGUCAUUCGUGGUGUUGGGGCUCGUGGUGCUCCUGGGGGUCGUGGGGGCCAAAGACAUGAUGAGGAACAUCGUCUUCGACAAGAACACGCCAGAUGUUUUCUACUGUCCCAUUCACAAACCUACUGGAUUUGACAAAAUGAUCGUCAAAGCCAGACCUUUGAAGAAAUUAUGCGAAUUUGAAGGCGAACCUCUCCCCGACGACUACAAGAGCGACUGCUACCAAGACAUAGACGAAACGAGUUAUGCAUGCAAAGAGAAAUACAGGAUUAUGAUGCGGAUGCAUCCACCAGGUGGUGAAGACGCUUUCGAGGGAGACAGGUUGGCCAGGUUUAUUGAUGUUGACAGAGAGUUUUAUGUGAUGAAGGUGGACGAUAAGAAGAAGGUUCACUUGAAAAAUAGGUUAGGUUAGGGCGAGCCGGGCCUCCACUAAAUCCAUUAACGCGUCUAAUUGUUAUAGUUUUGUACAUACUAAAUUUGUUAAUAUGUUAUUAAUAAAAUAGUUUAUCGGAAA